UAAAAAAGAGGGCAGGAAAUUUACAGAUGGAUACCUCGAACUUCUCGAGAUCGCUCAUGAGCCCACCGGUGGUGAAAACCGAAGCGGCGGAGGAGCGCGGCCCCCUGCCCCGGGCGCCGGCGGCGGGGGGCAACGGCGGGGUGCCCAGCGCGGCACCGGCGGCGGUGAUCGACCUCAGCAGCAGCGACUCCGAUUCCGACGGCGAGGGCGGCGGCGGGAGCGGCAAGAGGGUGCGGGGCGCGGUAGGGGACGGCUCGGCGGGGAAGCGGGCUAGGGUUUCGGCGGCCAUCGCCGUGCCCCGAGGGUUCCUCGAGCCGAUCCCGCCGCCGCCGCCGGUGGUUCCGGCAGCGUUCGCGACGAAGCAGUUCUGGAAGGCCGGGGACUACGACGGCAAGCCGCUCGGGGAUGGGGUGCCGCAGCCGUCAGCAUCUGGAAUGGAUCAUGUUCGUGUGCAUCCUAGAUUUCUGCACUCAAAUGCAACAAGUCACAAGUGGGCUCUAGGGGCUUUGGCUGAGCUGCUGGACAAUUCUCUUGAUGAGGUCAUAAAUGGAGCUACCUAUGUGAACAUAGACAUGUUAGAGAACAGCAAAGACAGUGACAAAGAGAAGUCCAGAAUGCUUCUUGUUGAAGAUGAUGGUGGUGGCAUGGACCCCGAUAAAAUGAGGCAGUGCAUGUCCUUGGGUUAUUCAGUUAAGAGCAAAAUUGCUAGUACUAUUGGGCAAUAUGGUAAUGGUUUCAAGACAAGUACGAUGAGGCUUGGUGCUGAUGUUUUAGUCUUCUCUCGUAGUCGUGGAAAAUCAGGCAAAAGGCCUACUCAAAGCAUUGGCAUGCUAUCUUAUACAUUUCUUAGGAGCACAGGCAAAGAGGACAUACUUGUUCCAAUGAUUGAUUACGAAUAUAAACAAGGUUGGGAAAGAAUGGUCCGAACUACAUUUCAUGAUUGGAAUACAAGCUUACAGACUAUCAUUACAUGGUCUCCAUAUUCAACUGAAGCAGAAUUACUUGAACAGUUUAGUCUAAUGAAAGAACAAGGGACGCGUAUUAUUAUUUACAAUCUUUGGGAGGAUGACCAAGGGGACUUGGAGCUUGAUUUUGAUGCUGAUGUACAUGAUAUUCAACUCAGAGGUGGUAAUCGUGAUGAGAAAAAUAUCCAGAUGGCAAAGCAGUUCCCAAAUUCCAAACAUUACCUCACAUACAGGCAUUCCUUGAGGAGUUAUGCGUCAAUUUUGUAUCUGCGACUUCCAAAUUACUUCCAAAUGAUUUUACGUGGAAAAGAGAUUGAACACCAUAAUAUUGUGACUGAUAUGAUGCUGAAAAAAGAGGUUACAUACAGGCCAGUGGCACCUAACGGACAUCCAAAGGAUUCAAGUAUGGUAGCUGAUGUUACAAUUGGGUUUGUAAAGGAUGCAAAACAUCACAUUGAUGUUCAAGGAUUUAAUGUAUACCACCAGAACCGUUUGAUAAAGCCUUUCUGGAGAGUGUGGACUGCUGCUGGAAGCGGUGGCCGCGGUGUCAUAGGUGUACUUGAGGCAAACUUCAUAGAGCCAGCUCAUGAUAAGCAGGACUUUGAGCGCACAACACUUCUGGCAAGACUUGAAACACGAUUAGUUCAAAUGCAGAAGGAUUACUGGUCUGGGAAUGCUCAUCGAAUAGGAUAUGUUGCACCGCGACCUGGCAGAAACUCUGAGGCAGGAGAGGAGGGAGAAAAUUCUCCAGAAAACACCGCAAGUGCACACCCAUCACCCUAUCAUUCUGGGAAAGGUUACACACAUUCAAAAGUUUUCCACAAUAGUAAAAAGAGCGGGAAGGCAGGCACAUCAUUUGGUAUCCAGCAGAGAGCUGAGAAGUCUGCAAAGACUAAACGAUCUACUAAGUCAAUACUACAUGGGCUACCAGAUAGCGACAGCAGUGAUUCUGAGUUUGUGGGCACUCCGUCUUCUAGGUCAAGAUCUCACACCCUGAAUACAAACCAAAAAUCGUUUCAAAAUGGAAGUAUUGGUUUGACAACACCAUCCAGUGGACUAACAGAAAGAGAGAGGGUCAGAACUAAAUCACAGUCGAUGGACCCAAAUGGAACAAGUAAUGGAGGUCUGCAUGCUAUUGAUGAGUAUGAGAUUGUUAUCAAGAAAUUAAGGGAUGAAAACUCAUCACUAAAGGAAAGAUUAUCAGGUGUGGAAGAAUCAAUGUCACAAGAGCUUGUGAUGGAGCGUGACAAGAUUAAGUCUCUGACAGAGAGGGUGGAGGAUCUGCAGAGACAACUUGAGUCUGCAACCAAGGAGCAAGAAGCAUUGAUUGACAUCUUCUCAGAAGAAAGAAACCGUCGAGACCAAGAAGAGGAGAGCCUGAGGAAGAAGCUGAAGGACGCAUCUGCCACCAUACAGGAUUUGCUGGAGCAACUGAACGCCGCCAGGAAAGGCCGCAAAGUUUGAGGAAAUAAACAGGCCGCAAAGUUUUGAGGAAAUAUACUAGCAGCAUCGCCGCCCUUUUACCAACCGGGGCCAGCUUCAGUUUUUGCAUAUAUGCUGGCCUGAGGCAUAAUAGUUAGUUGCCUCUGCAACUAGACAAGUUGAAGCUGUUGUAGCUUAGGGUAGGGUUUUACUCCAUGUUUAGCUCACUCCUAGUUUGUUUAGAGUUGAGGAUUAGCCGCAUCGUCGUCGUGCCCCAGAUGGUUUGGAUCAUCCCGUGUCGUGUACAGCCAAGUAGUAGUGACAACUAAAGGAAACAUCAUGGUGUAUCGGCAGUCGGCGGUUACCUUGCAGGAAACCCUUGCUUAAUCAUCACAAUUCAUUCUGUUAAUAAUCAUUUAUGUGUUGUGUCA